UCCACCACCGCAAAUCUCCGGCAAAUCUCAUGAAACGCUCCGAAAUCCCAUUGCACGAACCCUAACCCUAGCUCCAACCCAUCCCUUCGAUCGAUCCAUCUCCUCCCCAGAUCGGAGAGCAAUGGGGGCCUUGCCUGUUCCACCGCAGGUCACCGGCCGGCUGCUCACCGUCGGGCUCGUCGCCUCCUGGUACUCUUCCAACAUCGGCGUUCUCCUCCUCAACAAGUACCUUUUGAGCAACUAUGGCUUCCGCUACCCGAUCUUCCUCACAAUGUGCCACAUGACCGCCUGCUCGUUGCUCAGCUACGUAGCCAUUGCGUGGCUCCGCGUCGUGCCCAUGCAGGCCGUGCGCUCGCGCAUCCAGCUUCUUAAGAUAUCGGCCCUCAGCCUCGUAUUCUGUGGCUCCGUUGUCACUGGGAAUGUCUCGCUUAGGUAUCUCCCGGUGUCCUUCAACCAGGCAGUAGGCGCGACUACGCCCUUCUUCACCGCUGUGUUUGCUUAUCUUAUGACUGUCAAGCAGGAGGCCUGGCUCACUUACGUUACGCUCAUUCCGGUUGUCACCGGCGUCGUCAUCGCCAGUGGGGGGGAGCCAAGUUUCCAUUUAUUUGGGUUUUUAAUGUGCAUUGGCGCAACCGCUGCUCGAGCACUUAAGUCUGUCCUACAAGGGAUUUUGUUAUCCUCUGAGGGGGAAAAACUUAAUUCUAUGAACCUCUUGUUGUACAUGGCUCCGAUAGCCGUUAUUCUCUUACUUUCAGCAACACUUAUUAUGGAGGAAAAUGUAGUGGGCGUCACACUAGCUCUUGCUAGACAAGAUAUCAGAAUUGUUUGGUACCUGCUUUUUAAUUCCACCCUAGCAUAUUUUGUGAAUCUGACCAAUUUCUUGGUCACUAAACAUACAAGUGCUCUGACCCUCCAGGUACUAGGGAAUGCCAAAGGUGCCGUGGCUGUGAUCAUCUCUAUUCUUAUAUUCAAAAAUCCAGUAUCUGUAACCGGAAUGCUUGGUUAUGCAAUGACGGUCCUAGGAGUCAUCCUUUACGGCGAAGCCAAGAAACGAAACAAGUGAUCAUCUCUAGCCAAAUGCUGUAUGUUUAUUCAGCCCGGACAUCCCACUGCUUGCAGGUGGAAGCCAUGUAGUGAAUGCCUUGUCCAGGUUCAGCCUGUUCUUCUGCAGAAGAAGUUUUUCCCCUUGUAUCACUAUUCUCACUUGCAAAGGAAGCAGCAAAGAAAAUUUAAUAAGAUAGUAACUUUAUUAGUAUCAUUAUUAUUUCCUCUUGUCAGGGUUUGCAUCCCUACUACAAAUUGUAUUACUGAAUAUGAGUGUCAAUCAGUUCAUUAUUUAUUGAUCAAUAUUCCUUUUUUAUUU